UAAUAAAAAGGUUAUAGGGGUCAGAAUAGGGCAUUUCCCCCUCCUAUGUGCAUCCUGUGAUGUCACGCAUAUUUAAUUAAUUAUGCAAAUUAGCAUGGCCGGUAUUUUUUUGCAAGAAAGGUGGCGACCCUAUUUGCAACAGCUGGAGAGACAUGGGAUCGGGAACACUGUGCGGGGUCUGUCAUUGAACAUAAUGGAAUACGUCCUUGUCCCCAGCAGACUGGCACAGAGGUGCUGACUACGAUGACAGGGAGCUGCCCUGCUAUCCCGCUGCUGAGAGCAUUAACAGAAGGGGCGACGGAGUAGCAGAGCUGGGCAUCCUCCAUGACAAUGAUGUGCCCCACAGUAAGCCCCGCACCUCGGGGGCCGGGCCUCUCUGACAUGCAUCAAUACAGCCAAUGGCUGGCCAUACGCCAUGAGGCCAAUCUGCUUCCCAUGAAAGAAGACCUGGCUCUAUGGCUGACAAGCAUGCUGGGGAAGGAGGUAACGGCAGAGACGUUCAUGGAGAAGCUGGAUAAUGGGGCCCUACUGUGUCAGCUGGCGGAGACUCUGCAGGGUAAAUUCAGAGAGAAGCUCAUGGAGACCCGUAAGACUGACAAGGAUUUGCCAAAUAAGAGGAUACCGUACCGCGCCAAUGCCCCGUCUGGGUCCUUCUUUGCCAGAGACAAUACGGCCAACUUCUUGUCCUGGUGCAGGAGUAUCGGUGUUGGGGAGACGUGUUUGUUUGAGUCAGAAGGACUAGCUGACUCUAUUGGCGCUCACCUCCGCUAUGUUCUACACAAGCAGCCCCGAGAAGUUUGCCUGUGCUUACUAGAGCUGGGGAGGAUCGCAGUACGGUUUGGCGUGGAGCCCCCUGGAUUAAUAAAACUGGAAAAAGAGAUCGAACAGGAAGAAACCCUCUCCACCCCCACCCCGUCACCGUCUCCCUCCCCCACAAAGACCUCAUCCGGGAAGAAGAGCGCUGGGAAGUUAUUAGAUGAUGCGGUUCAACGUAUCUCUGAAGAUCCUCCUUGUAAAUGUCCCAGUAAGUUCUGCGUGGAGCGUCUAUCUCAAGGGCGGUACAAGGUCGGAGAGAAAAUCCUUUUUAUCAGGAUGCUCCACAAUAAACACGUGAUGGUUCGUGUCGGGGGCGGAUGGGAGACCUUCGCAGGAUAUCUGCUCAAACACGACCCCUGCAGAAUGCUGCAAAUAUCCCGCGUGGACGGAAAAACCUCUCCGGUCCAGAACAAGUCGCCGACCAUCAAAGAUAUGAGCCCCGAUACCUACCUGGUGGUCUCUGCCCAUUACAAAUCUAAAAAGGAGAUAAAGUGAGGCCAGACGGUGCAGCCCCCUCCCCCUGAAGAAGCCUUCACUGCACCAUGCAAAACGCUGAACUUGGUUAGAUUACUGCGAGUGAUACCAAUAUUCAUUGCGAUUUCCUGGAGCAGCCUUUACAUUUCAUUUACUUCUGCGCAACUUUUCUCUAAAGUUGAGAAUAAACUCCAAUAAGUUUAUUUUUCUGUAAAUUAUAUGAUAUUUUUGUGAGUGCGGGAGAUUAUAUUUACCCCUAUGUAACAUUGUUCCAGAUUGUAGAGCCGGGCAUUAGGGCAGUGCCCGAUCCUCCCGGCUGCUGUAGGGGCCGCAUACAUGCUUUUCUUUCAGACAAAGGGGUACCGUGAUGACGCCCCAUCUUUAGCGGUUGGUACGACAUGUGGUUGAUCCGCUCAAAUGCCUGGGGGGGGGGGGUAUUACCAGAUAUCACUCACAAACCUACAGACCCAUCACUCUUGCCAGGUGGUCUAAUGUCCACCUUUGUCAACAAACUUUAUUGUUUCCCCUUGCACCUAAAAAAAAAAUAAUAAAUUAAACAUUUUUGGAUACAUUUUUGGUUAAAAAGAUCUACGCGUUUUAAAGGGGUACUCCGGUGGA